AUUUAAUCUAUUUUCAUUCUUUUCCUUUUUUCUUUUAUACAAUAUAUAUUAAUAAAUGAUGACAGUGGACACAAUUGAAAGUCAAUAUAAUGACCUUAUACUGCAAAUGGCUGAGAUAGAAGGUGGCUUACAAGCACUAUUAGAAAAAGUCAAGAAUAAUACACAAAUGACAAAAGAUAUUGCUGCCUUUUUGAAAAAGAGAGCAUUUUUAGAAGAAAGUUAUGGUAGAGACAUGAUAAAGAUCGCUCAACAGACAGCAGAAGCAUUUGAUAAAUCGCAUCCUAAAUCAGGCACUUUUGGCGAUGUCUGGAUUUCUAUUUUGAAAGUGCAUGAAACCAUUGGUAAUCAGCGUAUUCGAUUUGCCACAUCAAUUACAGAGUCAGCAGAGGACUUGUUAUCACUAUCAAAGCAUAUCGAAAAGGAUAGAAAGAAAAUCAAAGACACGGGAAUACAUUAUGAAAAACAAGUACAGGAAGCAGAUAUACAAUUAGAAAAGAGUAAACAGAAAUUUGAAGCAACCAAUGAAGAGUGGGGGAAGGCUGUUUCGCAGAGAAAUCAAGAACCAACCAACCCUGGUAAAAAGAAUUUGUUUAGAUCUAGUCGAACGGCUGCUCAGUUGGAUAGAAAUGAAAGUGAUUGUAGAAGUAAGAUGGAUGCUGCUGAUACACAAUAUAAACUACAGCAAAAGAAAACAAUUCAGGCACAUACUGAAUAUUAUGAGACACACCUUCCCAAAGUGUUAUCUGAAUUGAAAGCAGUAGAUGAUGAAUGUAGUAUUGCUCUGCGAUAUCAAUUGGCAAGUUACGCUUAUACAUUUGAGCAAGCUUUAACAGAGGAUGGACUUGCAUUAGACAAUGAUCAAGGAAAGGGAUUGAGAAGUUUAAUAGGCAAGAUUGAUAAAGAUGCAGAUUGGGCAGAAUUUGUUAGAUUAUGUGCAGAACGUAGUGGGCGUGUGCAAAAGAGCGAAUAUCUAGCACAGGAUUAUAUGGCAUCUGUUAGUAGCAGCUACACAAAUCCACGCGUCUUUGGUGUCAGUCUUGAAAAACUUGCAGAAUCUGCGCCCGACAUGGUGCCAGAUAUCCUGAAGCGAUGUGCCACUGUGGUAGAAGAGUAUGCUCUUAGUUCGGUUGGUAUAUAUAGACUGUCUGGCACAAGUAGCAAAAUACAAAGGAUAAAGAUGAAGUUUGAAAGUGGAGAUCCCAACCCUAUAUCUGAAGAAGAUCUAUCAGAUAUUAAUAAUAUCACAGGUGUAUUAAAGCUCUGGUUUAGAGAACUUCCAAAUCCACUCUUCCCUAGACAGUCUUAUCAACAGUUUUUAGAUGCAGCAAAAUUACCCGAUGACAGGGCCAGAUUGAUUGCAUUACAUACAGCUAUUAAUGAGCUAUCAGAUGCACACUAUGCCACCUUGAAAUAUCUGAUGUGCCAUCUUUACAAAGUACAAUCAUAUCAGCGAUUUAACAAGAUGGGUGCUGCCAAUUUAGCUACCAUAUUUGGUUUGACACUGAUGAGCAGUGAUGCAGGUUCGCAAACACAGAUAGCUGAGUCACAGCUACAGGCUAAAGUGGUGCAGUCUAUCUUGGAGAAUUAUAAGGAAAUUUUUGAAGAUGAAGAAUAAAGUUUUAUUUUUAUUAUAAUGGA